CAUGAAGACUGAAGAAACAUUGAGAGUCAAACAAGAAGAUACUGAGGAACACACAGACCUCAUGCCGCUGAAAGAGGAGUGCAUAGUAUCGAAUGAAAAGGAAGAGAAAGAACAAUAUGAGACUCAUCUUGAUUUUAAAACCGGAGAAGAAUCUUUCAGUUGGCCACAGAUUAAAGAGACUUUCUCACAGAAAACAGCUCAUAAAACAGGAACUAAAAGUUAUUUCACCCCUUUUCACAGUGAAAAGAGUUUCAAUGAACAUGGAAACUUUAAAGUUCACACUGGAGAGAAGCCUUUCACCUGCGCUGAGUGUGGAAAAAGAUUUACUCAAAAAGUGUACCUUAACAGGCACAUGAGAAUUCACACUGGAGAGGGUUGUUUUAUCUGCCAACAGUGUGGAAUAUGCUUCAUUAAAAAAGGAUUUCUUAAUAGACACAUGCAAAUUCACACUGAAGAAAAGUGUUACGUGUGCCAUCAGUGUGGAAAAAGUUUCAACCAAAAAGGAAACCUUAAAAGGCACAUGACAAUUCACACUAGAAUAAAACUUUAUACAUGCCCUCAGUGUGGAGAGAGUUUCGAUCUACAGGGAAGGUUUGAAGAGCACAUGAAAGUUCACACUGGAGAGAAUCCCUUCACCUGCAAAAAGUGUGGGAAAAGUCUCAGUAGAAAGAGAGACCUUAACAGGCACAUGAGAGUUCACACUGGAGAGAAGCCUUACACCUGCCAACAGUGUGGAGUCAGUUUCACACGUAAAGGAAACCUUAAUGUGCACAUGAGAAUUCACACUGGAGACAAGCCUUACACUUGCCUUGAGUGUGGAAAACGUUUUACUCAAAAAGUAACCCUUAAAUUGCACAUGAGAGUUCACCCUGGAGAGAGUCGUUUUAUCUGCCAACAGUGUGGAAUAUGCUUCAUUAAAAAAGGAUUUCUUAAUAGACACAUGCAAAUUCACACUGGAGAAAAGCGUAAUGUGUGCCAUCAGUGUGGAAAAAGUUUCAACCAAAAAGCACACCUUAUCCGGCACAUGAGAAUUCACACUAGAGAAAAACUUUAUACAUGCUCUCAGUGUGGAGAGAGUUUCGAUCUACAGGGAAGGUUUGAAGACCACAUGAGAGUUCACGCUGGAGAGAAGCCCUUUACCUGCCAACAGUGUGGAAUGAGUUUUACUAAAAAAUCUAACCGUAACAGGCACAUGAGAAAUUUACAUGGCAUAUUUUCAACACAAUCUUGAUCUACAAAUGAGGAUUCAUUUGAGAGAACUGUUUUAUGUCAUCAGUGUGGAAGGAGUUUUGCAGACAGGAAUCAUGUAAUAAUGUUAUGAUGUGUAGAACAGCUCUGAAGUGAAGACCAGGGAUCUCAUUUAUAAAAUGAGAUGAUCUGUAGAUUUCAUCCUAAAAAUGUAUGUAUGCACAAAAGUUUUCAGAUAUAUAAAACCAUGCGUAUGCCAGAACCUGCUCAAAAAUCCCUUUAUAAAUCCCAAUCUAGGGAAGAUUGUGUGUACGGGCAUCUCCACCGUCUCCUCCCAGAAAUAAUCAUAUAUGGAGCUUACAACGCUUAGUUUUACUAUGCAUAACCUCACCUUCAUAUCAAUUCCAUGCAUAUUCCCAACCACAUGACACCAUGUUUAACACCGUUACAUUAAGGAAAUACGAGAUACGGACUAUAAUGCCAUUUGUGCCAUGCACAUUAAUUUUUAUCGUAAAAAAUUAUCCAGUAUCCUUGUUUUUUUUUUUUUAAUAAAUAUAUGAAAAUAUCCAUGAAAACAAAACUGUUUAAAAUAGUUCUGAGACACUGGCCAAAUAGUAUUUCAGUUGUUUUAAACAAAUCAAAUUAAAUUAAACUUAUGCAGUUUUGCUGAUAAGGUGAACAUAAGGUGAAGAUCUAUUUUGGAAACAGAAUGGAAACUAUUAUCAUUGGACCUAUUCAAACAGGAAAAUGUACCGUUUGACCACCGAAUCCAGCAGUGUCCACCAUAAGUAAGUGAGCAUUGACCAUUGUUCUCGCUAAAAUAUGUUCUCGUAUCAUGAGAUAUGUAUAAAUUUCUUUUGUAAUUUCAGUGCUUAUCUCUAUUAAUGAGAGUGGAAUAUUAAAUGCAAAUGCAUAUUGAAAUGAAAACAUAAGUUUACUUAACUUCUCACUCCAAAAGAGUUUGUAUGCUUGAUCUAGAAUGUUUGUACAGUGUGAACAUAUUUCAGGGCGUUCACGGGGUCUUAAAAAGUAUUAAAAGUUGAUAAAUCAAUUUAAGGAAAAUUAAUUAAUUACCAUUUUCCAAGGUAUUAAAUUUUGUAACAUCUUUUCAUUGUGUAUUUGUCUGAAUAGUGGGGUUUUGUGUAGUUUAAACCAGGGUUCCAAAAACCAGUCAGUAUCUGGUGUGACCACCAUUUGCCUCACGCAGUGCAACACAUCUCUUCCACAUAGAGUUGAUCAGGUUGUUGAUUGUGGCCUGUGAAAUGUUGGUCCACUC